UUGCAUAUGGCAAGUAUUCCGACAUGUUCGGGAAGUAUAGUUCAUGCUUCUAAAUUUAAAGUGAUAUUUUGGAUGUAGUUUUGGUAACCUGAAGUGUAUAAAAACACAUGACGACUGUGUAAUACAUAGUUCAACAAUUUGUUACAAGAAAUCUCAGCAAAAAAUGGAGCGAGAUCGCUUUGAUUACCCGUGACAAACCUCAAUGAAACCCGCAGCAAGAUGUUUGCACAAAGGAAGAUCGAUCCAAAGCUGGAAAAACUCAGGAACGAAGUAGAUGGGCCGCCUAACUUGGACACCGUCACCUUAAAUAUCCAGAGAGAGUCGUCGCGCAUUCAUGCGGCGUACUUGUUCGAGCACAUUGGCAAGGCUACGCUGCAGAAGCUAUGCUUGCUGCUAAGCUCCACGGCAACGGGGAAGAUUUACAACGGAUGGCAGGAGUUUGCAGCGCACAUGGGCUUGACAAUGGAGCAGAUACGUUGUAUAGACUACGACUUCAAGGGACUGCAAGAUCCAACAUAUUAUGUGCUUCUGACUUAUGUGCAGUCUCGAGAGGCAACAAUGGACAAAAUUCUGAGUGCUUUGCAAAAAAUAGAGCGGUUUGAUGUGAUAAAUGAGAUGAAGGACUAUGUGCAUAAUUUAGUCAGUGCUGUAUCGCAAAAUGCCAUCGAUGAAUUGGAAGUAAUUCAACCAAAGCAUAUACCAAGAGCACCGUUAGUGCUGAGUCCUAUAUUGACAGAAGAAUGUAGGACUGGAGCGGCAGAAAGUGAAAUGAGACACACGCCACAAGAUGAUCAACAAAAGCAUACUAAGCAAAGAUACAGUUGCAUAGUCAUGCUGACUUUUGCCGGAGACGGUUUGGCAAUCGCUGAGUGUAUCGCAAAGAUAUUUCGAUCCAAGCAACCGCCUAUCGGCGUACUCAUAUUGCAAGAACAAGGAAAAGGUGUUUAUAGUCGCGCCGAAGAAUUUAUAGACGAUUGCUUCAAGCAGGUCAAUUAUAUUAUACCGAUACUAACUAGAGGAUACAUCGAGAUGAUAAAUAAUUUUGCGAAAACAGACGAGAAGAUUGUAUAUAACAAUCUGGAUACGAAGUACUUGAAGUACAUAUAUUCUUUGUUGAGGUACGAAUACGUGACGAAUGAGUGCUGCAACAAUCGCGUGAGAUGCAUCGUGCCCGAUAAGGAUGUUUAUACUGUCGUUCGAGCGAACCUACAUCCCACAUUACAAGCAUGGUUUCGCGAGAGUGAUAUCGACGAUUUUGUGAAAAAUAUUCUCUUGCAUAAAUUUUGACGUGAGAGCCGAACCGGUGCUUGGAACAGUUCCGAUAAAACUAACAAAAAUAAUCUCAUCACAUGGCCCUUAUAAUAUAUAAUAUUAUUAAUAUAUAGUAUUAAAACGUAUAUAUUUUUCUCUCUAUAUAUCUCUUAGAAUCUUUCAAUUAACUUCUAUCUCUUAUCGUGUUACGUUUGAAUUUAUUUUCUAGUUAAUUCUUGCCACAAAAAUUUAACAAGAAUCCAAAAUCUCAACUCAGGGAAUAAUAAAAUUACUUACUUCUUUCUGAAAUAAUCUCCAAAAGACCCAUCUGUUAUGCUGAGCUCAUCAGGUGCUCCUUUCAUCAUGUCAUAAUAAAUCGUGAGAGCUUCGACGCUUUCUUCCUUGGGUAUCCUCUCUCCAUUGAUGGUGAAAAACUCGUGUUUGCUGGCGUCAAAGAAAGUGCAGAAUGAACCCAGGAGAUUAUACUUGUAAGCAAGCUCACAAACCACAUUUCCUGUCUCACCAUGUACCCACUGAGCUCCAAGAUCCACCGCAUUAUCACCUAAAAAUAUUAGAAACU